AUGUCAGAAAAAAAUAUGAUAAAACUUAAAUCUUAUGUAAUAAAUACUAACCUUGAAAUCGGGAGAGGCUAAUAUGGGGUAGUUUAUUAAUGCUAAGAUACAAAUAACCCAUAACUGAAAUUAUGCGCGAAGGUUAUAAAUGAAAGACUUGACGAUCCAAAAACAAAGAGAGAAAUUGAGUUGAUGGGUACGAUUAUGAAAGAAGCAAAGGGGAACAAAAACAUAGUCGGAGUUGAAUAUGUUGAUUUCGAUGAUGAGAGAAUUGUACUCAUAUUGGAAAGAUGUGAAUGCGAUCUCCAAUCAUUAAUUGAUAAGAGAAAGAGACAAGAGCAAAAGAAUUUCCAUCCUGAUGAAGCACUUAAUAUCCUAAAACAAAUUGUGAAUGGCUAUAAAGUGCUCUAUUUCAAUAACAUUAUACAUAGAGAUCUUAAGCCUGCGAAUAUAUUGGUAUUAGACGGCUUUUAUAAAAUCUCUGACUUGGGAUUGGCUAGAUAAAUGGAAAAUGGUGGGGUUCUGACAAAAGUGGGAACACCAAAAUAUGUUGCUCCUUAGUUGUAUCUGGAAAAUUUCUUUUCAAAUUCAGCCGAUAUUUUCUCACUAGGCAUCAUAACCUAUGAAUUAAUUUUUGGUGGAUUGCCUUAUGUUGCGAACAGUUAACUUUAAGUCAAAAAGUCUUUAAGAAAUCUAGAAAAGGUUCCAGUUGUGGUUAAAUAGGAUCAUCCAGGAAUGACUUAAGCGUUUGCUCUUUUGAUUGAAAGCAUGCUUAAAUUUAAAGAGUAAGACAGAAUCAGUUGGUUAGAUUUAAUGGAACAUCCCCUAAUAUCAGAGGGAAAAGCUGUAGUAAAUUAAUCAGGGUUUAUCAAGGAUAAUCCAAACGAAGAAGAUGAGGAAGAUGAAGAACCAGUUUAAGAGCAAUAGAAACCCGCUGAAAGUCCAGUCAACGAAUAAUAAUAAUAGGUUCCUUUAAAAACAGUCAAUCCACCAAUACCCACAUUUACUGCACCUGUGUAAUUUCCAUAAAUGGCUAAACCCAUGAAUACUAUUCCUACCCUCCCUCAGCAAUUCUAACCAUAGAAGUUUUCUACUCCCCAAAAUUUUGUGCCAUCUGCAAUAAACUAACAGAAACCAAAUCCAUUUCCGAACCCAAGAUUUUAAUCAGUGACAAAUCCACCUUAGGCUGUACCUUAGGCUGUACCUUAGCCUGUAUCUAAUGCUGCUCCAUCUUUUCCAAAUGUACCUUUCAAUGCACCAAAUGCACCUGUUAACAAUGUCGGAUAGCCUUUUCAAUUUUAAUAGGUCCAAGCUCAAUCUGAUUAGUUAUAUCAAACAGGAGUUGUUGUAGACCAAGCAUUAGAUUCCUUAGAAAGAUUCAUAAACAUGCAAUUGUCGUUGAAGUAAGAAUGGUAUGGAUUGAAAUUGUACCUUCAUUACUAUUCACAAUGUUUCUUUGAACAUGCAAAGGCCCUGAAAGCUUAAGGCUAAAAUCCUCCUUAACAACAGUUUUACACACUGGCCAAUGUUGAAUAGGCAAUAGAGAAACAAUAAAGAUAUCAUUAAGUAAUAUCCCAGGAAUUGGAUCGACAUUAACUAAAUACUAUAUAUCCUGUUAUGCCUAUAAAUCCAGAUUUCAAUAGUUAUCUACAAAAGUUGAAAUAAAUUUUAUAGAACAAAGGAUUGUUCCAAUAUUCUCCCGACAAAAAAUAUUAUGUAGAAUAUUUGCAAUUAUUGUAUUUUUUUGAAAGACUCAAAGAUUAGAAAGAGCCUUUUGAAGAUGUCUAUUCAACGGCAUCUGACACAUUCAAGAAUUAAAAAGCGGAAUCUGUUUUGGUUGAUUAUCUUAAUAAGAGAUUCACCCUUUGA